AGCCAAUAUCACCGACAGUAUUCCAGAUUAUUUCUGGGUGUCGGCGUCCAACAAUGCUUCCGAUAAAAAUAAUUCCUAUAUCAAGUGUACUAUGUGCUUUGUUUAUAUCUGUGUCAGGUUUUAGAUUACACCUCGAUUCUCUCAAAAGCAAAGCUGUUUGGACCUUGCACAACGAAAAUAACUCCAUCUCGACGGGUGCGGCGGUGCCGGGCGGCGUGUACUCGGACCUGCAGGCUGCUGGCGUCAUCGGCGACGUCCUGUGGCGCGACAACGACGUGCUCACACGAUGGGUCGCCUACGAUACAUGGACUUACACCGCUAGUUUUUAUGUGAAUGCGGACAACUUGAAGUAUGACAGCAUAACCCUGGUGCUGGAGGGAGUGGACACGUUCGCGUACGUCGAGCUGAACGGCUCGCCCGUCGGCUCCACACAGAACAUGUUCGUCAGAUACGCCUUCGACGUUAAACAGCACUUGCAGGCGGGUCACAACGAACUGAAGGUGACGUUCGACUCGGCGGUGCUGGUGGCGCGGAACCUCUCCCAGCGACACUUCACGGCGCCGGCGUGUGUACCUGACGUUUACCAUGGGGAAUGUCACGCGAACCAGGUGCGCAAGAUGCAAGCGUCUUUCAGUUGGGAUUGGGGACCGGCUUUUCCGUCCGUUGGAAUUUGGAAGCCAAUAUUCCUGGAAUUCCGCAACUCUCCCGUGAUAAGAUCAUUGACUACUCACAUAGAGAAACAGGACUCCACCUGGCACGUCCGAAUCACCGCCCACUUUGAAGGCCACGGCAAAUCCCACCACUUGACAGGUUUCUUGAGCGCCAUCCUAUCGGUUGAAGGACACCAAAAUGUCAAAAUCGGAAGAGACUUGGAUACGAGGACGAGGAACGAUGGAACGGCGGAAGUAGAUAUGAAUAUGAAAAUAAGUGAGAAUAUGGUAAGGCUUUGGUGGCCCAACGGAUAUGGGGAGCAACCUCUCUACGAUCUGAAUGUCGUGUUCGCUGACGUGCAGACAGGGUCCACGUCACACAAACACGUUAAGAUAGGGUUCCGUACCAUCGAGCUGGUGGAGGAAGACGCAUCACGGAUCUUAGGUAACAACACAGCCGGCGAAGGGCUCACGUUCUACUUCAAGGUCAACGGCUACCCGAUAUUCAUGAAGGGCUCCAACUGGAUACCCUCGCACAUCCUGCCCGAACACAGCUAUAACAAGAUGACAAUCGACAACCUCCUGCGCAGCGCGGUGGUGACUCACACGAACAUGAUCCGCGUGUGGGGUGGCGGGCUGUGGGAGGACGACUACUUCUACCGACGCUGCGACGAGCUCGGCCUGCUGGUGUGGCAGGACCUGCUGUUCGCGUGCUCCAUGUACCCCGCGCAUCACGAGUUCCUAGAGAACGUCAAAACUGAGGUCGAACAGAACGUGAUCCGGCUGCAGCAUCACCCGUCGGUAGCCAUCUGGGGCGGGAACAAUGAGAACGAGGUGGCCCUGCGCGGCAACUGGUACGACACGGAAACGCAGUUCGACAGAUACAAGAGAGAGUAUAUCACGCUUUACGUCGACACCAUCAAACCCGUCGUCGAGGCCCUCGACCCAACUCGGCGGUACCUCGUCUCCAGCCCGUCCAACGGCAUCAAGUCGGAGCAGGACGGGUAUAUAGCUGAGAACCCCUAUGAUCCCCACUACGGCGAUACCCAUUACUACAACUACGUGGCCGAUAACUGGGACUUCAGCAUCUAUCCCAACACGAGAUUCGCCUCAGAAUAUGGCUUCCAGUCGCUACCUUCCAAGUGGACGUUGCAAACCGCGAGCAACCUGACCUCAGACUAUAGCGUCGACAGCGAAUUCGUAGCGCACAGGCAGCACAGUCCCAACGGGUACUCGUUCAUAGAGGCCCAGAUCGGCAGGCAUUUAGCCCUCGAUAAAGAUGAUGCCAACUAUUUUGACAAGUUUAUCUUUUACAGCCAGAUAAUCCAAGCGAUGGCAAUGAAAGUGGAGACAGAGUUCUACCGCCAGAGUCAGAGGGACUGGUACACGAUGGGCGCCCUCUACUGGCAGCUCAACGACGUGUGGCAAGCACCAUCGUGGUCGGGAAUAGAGUUUGGUGGCAGAUGGAAGAUGUUGCACUACUACGCAAAGUCGUUCUUCGAGCCAGUUUUGGUCUCACCUCGGAAGAAGGUGACGGGCGACGUCGACGUGUACUUAAUCAACGACAGAUUCGUGCCGAUCACCGAAGCUAAGAUCUUCGUCGACACCUUCAAAUGGGACAGUCUAGUGCCCAUAAAAUCCGAGAACUACACUGGCAAUGUCGGGCCUCUGCAGAGCGAGAAGCAGGUGUCCCUAGAACUCUGGGAUGAGAAGAACAAGGAUGAGAUUUUCAUGAGAUUCUCCGUGAAGGCGGACGGAGUUAGUUACUCGCCGUACAACUACGUGUUCCCCGUACCACUCAAGGACGUAAAGGGUUUAACGGAACCCAAGAUUAAGAUAACGGUCCGCAAGGCACAAAAGUCUUCAGUCGGCCAGAACAAGUUUGUAGUGAACAUAAACGUGGACAGAGUAGUCGCUUUCCUCUGGCUGGAGACCUGUCACAUUGACGGUCGUUACAGCGACAACGGGCUCAUACUGACCGAAGCCGACACAGAGGUGGUGUUCCACACACACGAUGACGUCACUGCCGCUGAGCUACAUACGUGUAUCACCGAGAACAUACAGUACUAUGUGAAUAAAUAAGUUAGCAUUGAGCUGGGAGAUUUUGA